UGUUUGUCUUCUCUGCUGCUAAAUCGAUCGAUUUGGCGAGGAGUCUCUCUCUCGCUCUCUCUCUCUCUCUCUCUCACACACACACACACACACACACACACCUCUCUUCUAUCUCUCUCUCUCUCUCUCCUUUCUCUCCCUCUCCCUCUCUACCUCUGCUCUCUCUACCCCUGCUCCCUCUCCCCCUCCUCCCCAUCCCCCUCUCUUCCCAAUCUCUCUCUCUGUCCAUCUACCUCUCCUCCCUCCCCUCCUCCAUCCCUCUUCUCUUCCCUCUCCUCCUACGUCUCCUCUCUCUCCCUUUCCCUCCCUCUCUCCCUUUCCCUCCCUCUCUCCCUCCUCCAUCUCUCUCUCUCUCUCUCUCUCUCUCUCCGACUGCCGGUACAAAAACUGAAUGCAAACCGUGCCAUGUAUUUGUUGACAUCAGCGCUGAAGACAGGCAGAGGAAUGGUGCGAAUAUUUAUUAUCUAAGGAUCCAUCAGCCGUGAAUAUCGGAUUAACGAGGCUAGCACUAUGACUGAUGGGGACUACGAUUAUCUGAUCAAGCUUCUAGCUCUUGGAGAUACGGGAGUUGGCAAAACCACCUUUCUCUAUCAGUACACAGACAAUAAAUUCAACCCCAAGUUUGUCACCACAGUUGGGAUUGACUUCCGGGAAAAGAGACUGAUACAUCACGUGGGAGGCUCAAAUGGCAAAACAGGAAACCCGUUUAGAAUCCAUCUCCAGCUGUGGGAUACAGCUGGGCAGGAAAGGUUUCGAAGCCUUACCACAGCCUUCUUCAGAGAUGCCAUGGGAUUUUUACUGGUCUUUGACCUAACAAGUCAGCAGAGUUUCAUGAAUGUGCGGAACUGGAUAAGUCAGCUCCAAGCAAAUGCAUACUGUGAGAAUCCUGAUGUGGUGCUAAUUGGGAACAAAGCAGAUUUAUCUGAUCAGAGGGAGGUAGAGGAGAAACAAGCGAAAGAGCUAGCGGAAAAAUACGGGAUUCCAUACUUUGAAACGAGUGCUGCUACUGGGGCCGGCAUUGAUGACUCUGUAAUUGCCUUGCUGGACUUAAUAAUGAAACGCAUGGAGGAGUGUGUUGACAAGAGCCAAAUACCUGAAUCAGUCACUGGAACCUCAGGCCAGAAACUUGAAGAUACCAAUCCAAACGACAAAAAGUGUGCCUGCUAGAAGCACGGGUCAUCCCAGCUGAAGAAGUUUUGCAUGUAAAUGGUUCACCAGAAAAGUUUAUUUUCCUAUCUCAUUGUUUUUUUUUAAAACACUCUUGCUGGUCAUCUUCACUGUAACUAGGGGAUAUUGUUGUAGAUAAGACUAUUUAGGUAUUGCAGAAAAUGACAAUUGAGUAUUUUAAUUGGAAGAGUUUAUCUAUAAAUGUAUACCUCACUACACCAGAUUAUACACCCCAGCCAUAAUAAGCCACUGAAAUGCUUCCUGCCAAAUACUGAUAUUGCCAAAUAAUUACAAGAAACUUGAAUUUCCUUAUGGUUCAAAAGUGAAAAGGAAGGCCAUCAAGUUACAAAGGCCGAUUCACUUGCAAAAUACACACAGUGGCCACUUUUAUAGGUACAGGAGUGUCCCUCAUUGGGCGCCUCGGUGGUGUAGCGGUUAGUGCAAAGCUCAUGCAGCCCAGAGCGUUCUGGAAUUCAGAUUUCAAUUCAUCUGUAAAGAGAUUUUACAUUCUUUCCAUGACCACUUGGGUUUCCUCCAAGUGCUCCGGUUUCCUUCCACAAUCCAAGAAUGUACCAUUUAGUAGGUUAAUUGGUCAUUAUAAUUUGUCCUGUGAUUGGGCUAGUGUUGAGCAGGUGGGUUACUGGGCGGUGGGGUCAUUAGCUAGAAAGGGCCUAUUCCGUAUAAAUAAAUACCUAAAAAACUGGCCACAGGAGUAGAACCAGUGUGAUCUUCUGCUGCUGUAGCCUAUCCACUUCAAGGUACGAUGAGUUGUGCAUUCAGAGAUGCUCUUCUGCAAACCACGGUUGUAACGUGUGGUUAUUUGAGUUACCGUCGCCUUCCUGUCAGCUUGAACCAGUUCAUCAAGGACAUUCUCCUCUGAUCGCUCUCCUUAUUAAGGCUAUUUCACUCAUAGAACUGUUACUCACUGGAUUUUUGUUUUGUUUUUCACACCAUUCUCUGUAAACUCUGGAGACUGUUGUGUGUGAAAAUCCCAGGAGAUCAGCAGUUUCUGAGAUACUCAAACCGCCACACCUGGCAUCAAAAAUCAUUCCACAGUCAAAGUCACUUAGAUCGCAUUUCUUCCCCAUUCUGAUGUUUGGUCUAAACAACAACUGAACCUCUUGACCAUGUCUGAAUGCUUUUAUGCAUUGAGUUGCUGCCACCUGAUUGGCUGAUUAGCUACUUGCAUUAUCAAGCAGGUGUACUGUUGUACCUAAUAAAGUGGCCACUGAGUGUAAAUUACAAGUCAAUCAAAUGAUUGCAGAAAUAUGCAUGAUCACAUGGAUAUUCUGAGUUUUCCUGUUCUUUUUAGGUAUAGUGCUUUCUUCUGAAGUAUAAUCAAUAUUUUUUAUCCCUUAGCUCUCUCUUAACAAAAAGCUUUGACCUCCAAUCAUCCCUCCUCAGUUGGGGAGGUGGUAAAUGUGAUUGGGGCGUUUCACCUCAGUGGAAAGAUCACAAUUAUUGUGUAGUUUCCAUCUUGCAAUACCUCUAAGACAUCCAGAAGGCAGCCACAAUGAAGCCACUCUCAGGCUGGAGAAGCAAAGCCCCAUAUUCAGUCUGGGUAGCCUCCAACCUGACGGCAUGAAUGUUGAUUUCUCCAACUGCCUGUAUUUUAUCUCCCUUCUCUCUUGUUUUCUCUUCUUCAUUCUGGCUCCCUUCAUAGCCUGCCUCUGGUGCCCCUCCUCCUUCCUUUUCUUCCAUGGUCCACUCUCCUCUCCUAUCCAAUUCCUUCCUGUUCAAUCCUUUACCUCUUCCACCUUCACCUCCCAGCUUUUCCCUUCAUCUAUCCUCGCCUACUCACCCACCUGCCCAUCAAUUGGCUUCACCGAUCACCUGCCAGCUUGUACUCCUUCCCGUUCCCCCAUCUUCUUAUUGUGGCUUCUCUUGCUUUCUUUUCCAGUCCUGAAGGAGGGCCUCAGCCUGAAAUGUUUAUACCCUUCCAUAGAAAAACUGCCUGACCUGCUGAGUUCCUCCAGUAAUUUGUGUGUUGAUCUCGCCAAACAAAGGCUUCGGGCAUAGAACAUAGUGGAUAGCAGACUUUGUCCAGUGAUUGACUUUCCAUUCUCAAUUAUACAUCUGGAUGUUUUUCUGCAUGGAAUAUUGACCACUUGUUAGAAAUUCGCAGGAGCAAACUCCAAGAUCACGUGAAGCUGGUGUUCAAGAUAAUGGGCGAUUUGUUAAAAACCGGAGCGCACCAGGAGACCAGUCACAGCUGAUCUACCUGAGCUCAGUUGAUGAGAUCACCAGUAAAACUACGUAAUGGGGGUGACAGAAAGGCGUAAUUAAGUCACCGACUAGGUCCUGAUUACAGAAUAAAAUGAUUAUCCACAGGCCUAACAGUAAAUCCUGUUUUCUUUUACAACACUGGGUGCAUGCUAUAACAUGAUUAAUGAUGUUUCUGAAACUUGGAUGUCAUCAAUGCCGCAUUCCAUGUCUCUACUGUGUCUGCAGUUCCCUGUUGCCACACUAGCACAACCCACGUUCUAUUCAACCAAUGAAUCUUGAUUUCUCCUUCUGGUUAAAAAUAUUCCCACCCCUCCUCUCUUUUUCUGUUCCCCACUUUGGUCUCUUACCUCUUCUCACCUGCCGAUUACUUCCCCCUGGAUCCCCCUUCCUUUCCAGUCCUGAUGAAGGGUCUUGGCCUGCAAUGUCAACUGUUUUUUCAUUUCUAUAGAUGCAGCCUGACCUGCUGAGUUCCUCCAGUAUUUACUAUUUACUCGUCGUUACCUGCCUUGCCAUUCUUUCCCCUACAACACCCCCAUCACUGCACAGAAUGGUGGCAACAGGAAGACUUCAUGAAGUGACAGACUAGGUCCUGAUUACAGAAUAAAAUGAUAUCCACAGGUCUAACAGUAAAUCCAGCUUCUUGUUACAACGAUCGGUGCAAACUAUAAAAUAAUAACUUGGGUGUCAUCGUUGCUGCAUUCCAUGUCUCUAUUUUUGUCUACGGUUUCCUGUUACCACAUUAGCACAACCCACAUCACUCUUUACUAGUUAUUAACCCUCACUAAUCUUUCCCCUACAACAAAUGGAAUACCAUAUUUCUCUCAGUGUGAUGUAAUUUGUGUUUUCUGAGUAAUUCAUGCAGCUAACUGACAUCCAUAACAAAGUAGGAAACCAAAAUUAAAAUGUCAAAGUAAAUUUAUUAUCAAACUACAUGUAUGUCAACAUAUACAAACCUGAGAUUCCAUUUCUUGUGGGCAUACUCAACAAAGCUACAGAAUAAGAAGCAUUACAGAAUCAAUGAAAGACCGUCCACUAGUGUGUUCAACUAGGCCACUGGAAAUGCUGGAAAAUAAUCAGCAGGUCAGGCAGUAUAUGCGGAAAAGGAAACAGGGCUAAUAUUUCAGUCCAAAAGUUUGAUGUUAUCUCAGUUUCUCUUUUCUAGAUGUUGCCUAACCUGCGGAGACUUUCCACAAUUAUCUGUUUCAGUUCUGGUCCUUCCGCUGUAGAAAGGAUGUUGAGGCUUUGCGGAGGGUGCAGAAGAGAUUUACCAGAAUGCUACCAGGAUUAGAGGGUGUGUGCUAAAACAAGGGUCUGGACAAGCUUGUGCCGUCGUCUCUGGAGUGGCAGAGGCUCAAGGGAGAUCUGACAGAAGUUUAUAAGAUUAUGAGAGGCACAGAAAGUGUAGACAGUAUAUUUUUCUCGGGGUUGUAAUGUCUAAUAUCAAAGGACAUACAAUGAAGGGGAGAGGGGAUCAUUUCAAAAGCGAUUUGAGGGGCAAGAUUUUUUAAACAAAGACUGGUGGAUGCCUGGAAUGCACUGCCUGGGAUGGUGGUAGUAGUGUUUAUAUUAUGGACUUUUAAGAGACAUUUAGAUAGGCACAUGAAUAUGAGGAAAAUGAUAAGAGAUGGACAUUUUGCAGAUAGAGGGGGUUAGUUUGGUUGGCCAUUUGAUUACUAAGUUAAUUGGUUCAGCAUAGAUUAGGUGAGCCAAAGGGUCUGUUCCUGAACUCUAUUGUCUAUGAAACCUCUAGAUUUAUAUCAUCUGUUUUUUUUCCCCCAUUUUCACUGGUGGCUGCCCAAAUGGGAAAGAACAAUUCAGAAUUUCUGUCACUUCUUAUAUAAUAGGUGAAUACUGUAAUUAGUAGAUUGGUCAAUUUCACUGAAAUUCAAAGCUAGAAGGGCAGCAUAGUAGCACAGCGAUUAGCACAACACUUUUCAGCGCCAGCCGUAAGAUCAGGGCUCAAUUCGCACCACUGUCUGUAAGGAGUUUGCACGUACUCCCAGUGAUUCCUUUGGGCGCUCCAGUUUCCUCCCACAUUCUAAAGAGGUACGGGUUAGGAUUAGAAAGUCGUGGGCGCGCUAUGUUAGCGCUGGAAGAGUGGUGACACUUGCGGGCUGCCCCCAGCACAUCCUCAAUGCAAAGUGACGCGCUUCGCUGUACGUGUGACAAAUAAGGCUCAUCUUUAGAAAUAGCACAGUCUGUAGAGUCAUUGACAUUAUCUGAGGACAUUCUUUUCAAUAAAUUGAAGAAGUCCAUUAAACAUCAAACCCAAUAAUGAAUUUUUUUGAAUAUUAUUUUCUGGCCCAUGCAGAUGAUCUUUCAAAUGACUCUUUGAGUGAUGUUAUGCGUACAAGUACAAACUGCCUUUCUCCGACCAUCAUUCCAGAGAGCGUAAUUUUCAUAUGCAAAUUACUCUUUUCCCUAUCCCAAUGAUAAAAAUACUAAUGAACUGUUGAAGUUCAGCACUGAAUUGACUCUGCAGCUGUGGCCUGAAGCCAUUGGCUCUCACCUCAGCACUGAACUGUCUCUGUGGCUGUGGCCAUGGGAUUCCUGGUCCAGCUGUUGUACUGAACUGUCUCCGUGGCUGUGGCUGUGGCCCGUGGCCAUCAGGCUCCUGAAUCGGCUGCAGCACUGAACCGCAUUCCUUUUGUGAGUAUGUGCAAGAAGACAAAUCCCAAGGUUGUAUAUGAUAUACAUACUUUCAUAAUAAAUGUACUUUGAACAUUGAACUUAUGAACUUUAAUAAUAACAACACACACAAAACACUGGAGGAAUUCAGCAGGUCAGGUAGCAUCUAUAGAAAUAAAUAAACUGUAGACCUGCUGAGUUCCUCCAAUGCUUUGUGUGUGUUUCUCUGAGCUUCCAGCAUCUGCAGAACCUCUUGUGUUAAUAAUAACAAUAUUGCCUUUAGGGAAGCUUUAAUAUGGCCACUAAUUUGAAACUGCCUGGGCGAUCUGACCAGAGGAUGCAGCCUCAGAACAGAGGGUCAUCCACUUGGAACAGAGAUGAGGAAGAAUCUCUUUAACGACAGUAGUGAAUCUCUGGAAAACCACUGCUGCAGACAGCUGUGGAGGCCAAUUCAUUGGGUAUGUUUAAGGCAGAGGUUGAUAGGCUCUUGAUUAGUCAGGGCAUGAAGGAAUACAGGGAGAAGGCAGGGGAUUGGGGCUGAAAGGGAAAUGGAUCAGUAAUGGUGAAAAGGCAGAACAGACUCAAUGGGCCAAAUAGUGGCCUAAUUCUGCUCCGAUAUCUUAUGGUCUUAUGGUCUAACACACUGCCAAGGGAGGUUAAGAGACAUGGAUGAUAAAAAUGGAACAUUAUGGGCUGUGUAGGAGGGAGAGACUAGAUUGAUUGUGGAGUAGGUUCAUAUGGGUUAGCACAACAUUGUGAGCCAAAGGGCCUGCACGAUGUUGUUCUGCUCUCUGUUCUAUGUUUAAAGGAGAUUUAUGUGGUAAGUGUUUUACACAGGGUGGGGUGGUGGCUGCAGGUACAGUAGCAAUGAUUUAAGAGUCAUUUGGACAACCAAGGGAUGCAUACCAUGUGUAGUUUAAAAAUGGAGUGCUAUGGCCUGUGUAGGAGGGAAGGGUUAGAUAGAUCAUGGAGUAGGUUUAGACAGGUUGGCACAACAUCAUAGGCCCUACUAUACUGUUGUAUUCUCUUACUCAAAAUUCAUCUGACGCUAACACUAUUCUCCAUUUCCUCUUACUUUGCCUAGAUCUUCUCUCUUUCCUUUCAAGUUAAUUGGAUCAAUUCAGAAUCUGAAACAAUGCAGCUGCUGGGAGCUAUGUGGGUCGGGUAACAUUUCUGGACAGAUUUGGACCUCCCAAAACAUUGACAGUCCAUUUCCCUCUACAGAUGCUGAUGGAUUAAACAUCAGAAAUUAUUGAGCAUUUAGAUAAAAACCCUGAGAUAGGCUUGACAAUGAAAGAAAAAGUGUUGAAAGGAACAUGCACAAAGAAGGGAAGUGGGAAAUGGCUGGAAUGCGCUGCCAGGGGUGUUGGUGAAGCCUGAUACAUAGAGGGCAUUUAAGAGACUCUUAGAUAGGUACAUGCAUGCAAGAUAAAUGGAGGCUCUAUGCUGUGUAGGAGGGAAAGGUUAGAUUGAUCAUGGAGUAAGUUUGUGUCGGGUAGCACAGCAUCAUGCGCUGAAGAGCCCACACUGCACUGUACUGUUCUACGGCAAGAGGUUGCUGGUGAACCACGACGAUGUUCUAUGAGCUUCAUACAAUACACCCAAGUUGGUGUGGUCUUUCAUUGAUUCUUUUAUGGUUAUUGCUCUAUUAUGGAUUUAUUGAGUAUGCUGGCAAGAAAAUGAAUCUUAGGGUUGUAUGUGUACUUUGAUAGUAAAUUUACUUUGACCUUUGAACUUUCACCCCUAUGUGUAACAAACCCCUUUUCAAUAGAUCAUCUGCUGAGGUUAACUUGAUUCGCCAUUAUUGAUCCUGCCAACCGACACUUGAAUUGCUGAUCCAUUCUCUCUGCAUCACUGUUAACUGAUGUUGGUUGCUCAGGCUAAUGAUCAUGUAAUUGAAAAGCAAAAUCUAUAGAUGUUGAAAGUCAGAGAAGUGUAGAAAUACUCAAAAUCAAAAUUAUUAUCAAAGUACCACACACAAAAUGGUGGAGGAAAUCAGCAGGUCAGGCGGCAUCUAUGGCCGAGCCCCUUCAUCAAGACUGGAAAUGAAGUGGUAAAAAGCCAGAAUAAGAGAGUAUAUACAGUAUAUGCUACCAUAUACUACCUUGAGAUUCGUUACUUGUAGGCACUUGCAGGAAAUAAAAGAAAUACAAUAGAAUUUACGAGAAAACUCUACAUAAGCCAAGACUGACAACCAAACAAUGUGCAAAAGAAGACAAAUAGUGCAAAUAUAAACACUGAGGACAUGAGUUGUAAAGAGGCCUUGAAAGUGAGCCUGUAGGUUGUAGAAUCAGUUCAAUAUUGAGGUGAGUGAUGUAAUCUACUCUGGUUCGGGAGCCUGAUGGUUGUAGAGUAAUAACUGUUCCUGAACAUGAUGGGACCUCAGGCAGAUCAUGCAGGAGUUUUAUAAAGAAACAGAAUUAUCCAGUCAGGUCAAUGCCCUUUCAUCAGAGCUUGGAUCAUUAAGUAAUCUGUUGUUGCACCCAUCUAUCAGCUCAGACAUCAGUGACUUUCCAAGCAGGGACUACUUUAUCUUGAAGAUAUGUAGAUAACAUCUCGCCACAUUAUGCUGCAUACUAUGCUGUGAUUUCAGAUAUGGUCUCACCAUUUGAAGGUAUGUGGAAAGCUCCCGUAAACUUGACAAAUGGUCAGGAUGUGUGAAUGAAGCUUGUAAGCAAGGCAGGCACCAAGUGCACAAUCCAAUGAGAAGUUAGUGUCCUUCCCCUUCCCUCUUCUUCAAUUCCUCUUACCCUUUUUCCUCACCUGCUUAUCAUUUCUCACUGGUGCCCCUUCUACUUCUAUUUCCCCCAUGGUCCACUCUCUUCUCCUAUCAGACUCCGUCUCCAGCCUUUUACCUUUUCCACCUAUCACCUCCCAGCUUCUUCCUUCCCCACCCACCUAGCUUCAUCUAUCAGUUGCCACACACACACAAUUCUAGAGGAGCUCAACAAGUCAGGCAGCAUCUAUGGAAAUGAAUAAGCAGUCAACAUUUCAGGCUGAGACCCUUCUUCACCUCUCACCUUCUAGCUUCUACUCCUUGCCCUCUCCCCACUUUUUUAUUCUGACAUUUUCCCCCUUUCUUUCCAGUGUUGAUGAAGGGUCUCGGCCUGAAAUGUCGACUUUUUAUUACUCUCCAUAGACGCUGCCUGACCUGCUGAGUUCCUCCAACAUUUUGUGUGUGCUGCUUUGGAUUUCCACCAUCUGCAGAAUCUAUUGUGUCCUGUUAGUAAAUUCCUGAUGAAGGGUUUCAAACCAAAACGUCAACAUUUUAGGCCGUGACCCUUCAUCAGGGCUAUACCAACAAAAUUCCUUUCCCUAGUUGUUGUCUGACUUGCUGAGUUGCCCCAGCAUUUUGUGUGUGUUAAUCUGGAUUUUCAGCAUCUGAAGAAACUCUUGUGAUUAUACUUUGUUGGUUCUGUUCUUUCUUUAUCUUUUUGACACAUCAACUCCCAGUUGCUAUUCUUCUCAUUUUUAGCUUUUGUCUUCUAUUUGAGCUUUGCAAGUUUUGGAACUGAGGGCCCUUUAUCUAUUUUACAAUUUAAGAUUAACAUUAAGUAUCAAGUGUAUUUGUGGAAGUUAGUCUUCAACUAACCAGCAAGAGUGAUGCAAAAAUGUGAUACAAUAUAGCAAUAGACACUUGAUAUAUUAAGGAACACGCACAACACGCUGGAGGAACUCAGCAGGUCGGGCAGCAUCCGUGGAAAUGAACAGUCAACGUUUUGGGCCGAGACCCUUCGUCAGGACUCAUAUAUGAUAUAUUAAGGUAUCACUUUAGUAUCUAAUGGACAUACACCAGAGAAACUCAUGUAUGUAUGGGAGUUGUUUCUUGUAACAUAGAGAGAAACUUCAACGAAUGUAUCUUCAUUGGAAAUGCUUGACAAACGUAGCACUCAGACCCAUUUUCCACAUAUUCACCUGCUUUGUACUGUUGAGCUCUGCUUAGCUUCCACAUCAUUUCCCUUUACGAUAUCUUCCAUAUUCCUUAUCAAACGCAAAUAUUCAGAUGG